AUGGAUUUUAGAAUAGUGUAUGGAUUUUUGGAUAUUAGGAGUGAUGAAGAAUAUAUACUUGAAAUGCAAGUAGAGACUCUUCCUAUUAAAAUUACAGAUGAUGAUUUAUUCAAUUCAUAUACUAGCUCAGAUACUUCCACAAGAAUAAUUAAAACAAUUAAAGAUGAACCUUUGGGUUAUAACUUGAAAGAAUUGGAACUUGACGACAUACCUCUCACAAAGAAUAAGCUUUUCAAAAUUUUAACCAAGACUAGAAAAUUAGAAACACUGGUUCUCAAUUUGAAACAAGAAGUUUUCAUUCCAGUGGGAGGAGGUAGUGGAAUGAAAACACUUUCUAUCAAUAGUGAUAAUAGUUUAGGUCAAUUAGAAUUGGAUAUUACUGAUGAAGGCCUUGGAAAAUUCUUGGAAAAACAAUCAAACAUUGAAGAAAUAGAUGUACAACCUGUUUCAUUUAUCUCUGGUGCGAUAUUGAAAAGACUGGGAGACUUUCCAAAAUUGAAAAGUUUCACAGCUCGAAGAAUGUGGUAUGAAGGGGAAUAUUCAAGACAAGAAGAAGAUAUCUAUUUUGGAGGAAAACCAAAUCCUAACUUGGAAUUUGUUGAUAUUGGUCCAUCAUAUGAAUUCACUGAUGAACAAUUUGAAAAAUUAAUUAAUUCUUUACAAACUCUUGCCCCAAAUCUUAAAGAUUGGGGAGAUCUUGGAGAAAAAAAUACCGAUCCCCCAAGGAAUAUUGUUAAACACUUUGUCAACUCUGUGGAAGCCAUUGAUGUCAAUUCAAAUAAUAUUGCAACCUUACCAUCAUGUAAAAAUUUAAAGACUGUAUUCUGGAUGUCGGAAAUAGAAAUACCAGACAAUCCUAAUUCCAAUCCAAAUGUGUCAGAAUUGAUCAUACUUCAAGAUGGAAAGGAAACCUAUUCAAAAAUGUCACUACUUUUUCCCAAUGUGAAUAUCUUGCAUUUAUUGAACAAGAACCACCAUCAUCCGUGGAAUAUCUCAAACUCAAAAUUCAUUCAGUGGCUAUUCUUAAUUCUUCCUCCACCCUUUUAUUAG